AUGUCGAUUUACGGCGUAAAUCAACCUCAUUCUAUGUUCCAGACCCUUGUCACCUGUGACGAUGCCGCCGCUCUCGAGCUGGCAAAGACCACCGCCACCAAGUUCGCCGCCGACGUGAUGAACAUUCGAAAGAGUGAGGACAUUCACGAGCUCACCAAUUGGAUUUCAGAGGAUCUCGUGUUCAAUAUGUGUGAUAGCCGUCACUUCGUUGCGCUCGUCACUCAAUCGCUCAUCGACGAGACCAAAUACCCAAAGGAUCUCACUUUGGAGGUGGAGAACGCGUUCACCCGUGAGGACAUUCUCUCGAUGAUUGUCAAGGCGAACGGAUUCGUUUUCGAGACUGACGACAAGCUGAUUCUGGAGUUUAAGAAGCAGGAAGACGGCACGUACAAACUGUCGUACGGUACCAUCACCACGUGUACCUAUCAGUAA